CCGCGCCAUACUUGGAACCGCGCUUCCAACAUUCAGCAUGAGUUCGGCCGCGCCUAGUCCGCUGAACAGAAGUGUAUCUUAUCUGGCCUCUCCAUCUGGAGGGUGUCGGCUUUCUUGAAGUAUUACGUGAUCCUCAAUGACAAGAGACGCCUCCUAUUGGUGAUGUGGCAGCUGAUUGCUAUCUACUUGGUGAUUGAAGGCUUGGCUGUUCAUGUGCUUCACGCUGAAUUUUACGCCGCGGUACGUCUAUGGUAGGGAUGAUAUCUUGCAGAUCGCAGCUAACAAGUCAUAGCACGCGGUCCGACAAAUGGUCAAGGACGCGGUCUAUAGCUUUUUGCUUAAGCUUGAAUUCGCGCCACUCAGCCGGCUUUUGUGACGUAACUUCUGGGAGCCGAAGCACCGCAAGUUCAUACGCGAAGAAGAGUCACUUGAAAGCUGCUGUGGACGGUCAAGAGCCUGCGGCAAAGCAGUGCAAGCUUUCCAGUCCGAUCAAAGCCAAGGACCACUCUGAGGCCAGCUCGCGCGAUGUAGAGUGAGGUCGAGAAUCAGAGGUCACUAUCGCGACGGCUGCAGAAACGUAAGCAACGAAGAAUGCCAGAGAAGCCCAAGAAGUUAGCGUAACCAGCUGGAGGAUGAUUCGUACGCAGGUGCACUGAGCAAGGCCACCCAAUAAGCAUGGUAGCGGAGGUUGCUAAGGCUGUUGGCUGAGCUGGGUGUGAGAAGUGGGUCAACAAGACCGUCGUAGCGCCCGAGGAGAAUAUUACAGCUGUCCGUUGUUGUCAAUAUGGUAUAUGGCGGAGCGUAACUUGACAACCAGCAGCAAGCUUGCUGGACUGGAAGUACACCGAAGGCACACCUCGGGAGGCUGCGCUCGUUGACUAUGCUGAGACCCUCUUAGGAGCUGGUGGCCGUGGCCCUUCAACAAACAACAGACGGGCCAGCCGCCGUCCAUUGCUCAUG